AUGGGUGUGUGUCAGUGUAGUGCUUGUUCCCAAAUAGGUGUGAGUCAGUGUAGUGCUUCCUUUCAAUUAGGAGUGUUUCUGUGUAGUGCUUCUUCCCAAAUAGGUGUGUGUCUGUGUAGUGCUUCUUCCCAAAUAGGUGUGUGUCAGUGUAGUGCAUCUUCCCAAAUAGGUGUGAGUCAGUGUAGUGCUUCUUUUCAAUUAGGAGUGUUUCUGUGUAGUGCUUCUUCCCAAAUAGGUGUGUGUCUGUGUAGUGCUUCUUCCCAAAUAGGUGUGUGUCAGUGUAGUGCUUCUUCCCAAAUAAGUGUGUUUCAGUGUAGUGCUUCUUCCCAAAUAAGUGUGAUUCAGUGUAGUGCUUCUUCCCAAAUAAGUGUGAUUCAGUGUAGUGCUUCUUCGCAGAUAAGUGUGAGUCAGUGUAGUGCUUCUUCCCAAAUAAGUGUGUGUCAGUGUAGUGCUUCUUCCCAAACAGGUGUGUGUCUGUGUAUUGCUUCCUCCCUAAUAGGUGUGUGUCUGUGUAGUGCUUCUUCCCAAAUAGGUGUGUGUCUGUGUAGUGCUUCUUCCCAAAUAGGUGUGUGUCUGUGUAGUGCUUCUUCCCAAAUAGGUGUGUGUCAGUGUAGUGCUUCUUCCCAAAUAGGUGUGUGUCAGUGUAGUGCUUCUUCCCAAAUACGUGUGUGUCAGUGUAGUGCUUCUUCCCAAAUAGGUGUGUGUCAGUGUAGUGCUUCUUCCCAAAUAGGUGUGUGUCAGUGUAGUGCUUCUUCCCAAAUACGUGUGUGUCAGUGUAGUGCUUCUUCCCAAAUAGGUGUGUGUCAGUGUAGUGCUUCUUCCCAAAUAGGUGUGUGUCAGUGUAGUGCAUCUUCCCAAAUAGGUGUGUGUCAGUGUAGUGCUUGUUCCCAAAUAGGUGUGAGUCAGUGUAGUGCUUCCUUUCAAUUAGGAGUGUUUCUGUGUAGUGCUUCUUCCCAAAUAGUGCUACUUCCCAAAUAG